AUGUCAAGUUAUCCUCAUCAACAACUCAAUCCAUCAAGACAAGAACAACUUAAAGACAAAGCUGAGAAAUGUUCAAUUUGUUUGAGUGAAACAAAAGACAGACUCAUCCUGGAACAAUUCCUUUUUGCUUUCAACCAAAAGACUAUCAUUGCACCCUGCUAUCAUUCACAAUACUGCUUUCAGUGUAUCUUAGUCUGGUCUCAGACCUCAAGAAAAUGUCCACUCUGUCUAGCUACCAUCGAUCACUUCCUACAUCAUCUUGGCCCUAAUGCAGACUACGAACAAUAUUAUCCACUUCCACUUCUCCAACCUAACAAGUCUCAUCCUUCUACAUCCACUCAUCAACUCCAUCAGCCAUUACCGCCUACUAGAUCUUUAUCAGAUUCAAAAAUACAAGAGAUUCAGGAAACAAAGCAUGCUCUUAUAUCCCUAGACCACAGACAAUUCAUCUACCCACAUUUCUACGUCGUGAGCUUGCUGUCUUCGAACACUUGA